AUGUUCACACAACCCACACUUAUAACCGAAGAGCAACGAAUAUGGACGCGAAAAUACUCCUUCCUCGCAAUACCGAUAUGGGGGAUUGCCAUGAUGUUCAUCAAGAUCAGCAUUGCAAUGAUGAUGCUUCGAAUCCAACCAACACUGCUUUGGUGGCGCAUCUUCUGCUUUGUUAUAAUGUCCGUCCUGGUAGCGUACGGCGUCGCAAACACUUUCUUCAUUCUCUUACAAUGCCGACCUCUAGAGGCAUCGUGGGAUACUUCCGUUCUGCAAACAAUCGAUGGAGCCAGCUGUCUUCCAAUAACUGGCAUUCUGAUCAUGUCAAACCUUGGAUCUGGCAUCAACAUUGCAACAGAUAUCUUACUUUCUCUGGCACCGACGUUGUUCCUAUGGAAGCUGAAACGACCGCUGAAGGAGAAGAUACUGGUCGGUGCGUUGAUGGGUCUGGGAAUGUUUGCGAGUAUCGCCUCGAUCGUCAAAGCCACCCUGGUAAAGGAGUUCGGCGGAUCGACAAAAGACCCAUGGGCCCUCACAAACGCAAUCGCAACAUGGACAGCCCUCGAGCAGAUCCUCAUCAUGAUCGCCUCUUCAGCUCCUUUCUUGAAACCUCUGGUUCAAUCUGCUUUAAAUCGCAUGGGCUGGACAUUAUCAGGCACUUCAGCUGCUCGCUCAGGCUACGGCAAUCAUUAUCGCGAUAUGAAUGGGCAGAGUGUGCGUCAUUCGAGGAUCGUUACCAACAAGUCUAUGACUUCUCGCAGAGAUAUUUACGGUGAAGAUGAGGACCCAUUCGCAGUAGGAGAAAGCGCCGAUGCUAUUCCGCUAGAAGUAAAAGCUUUCGAGGGAGGGAAAGGAACAGAAGAAAGGGAUAUUGCAACAAUGAGAACGACGCAGGGUUCUCGGACAACCAGGUCUUGGGAUUCGAGAGACGAGAGGGGUAGCAUGGACAGGGAAUAUACGCCGAGCCAUGCCGUGUAG